GCCAUCCAGCCUGAUCCCGAGGCCGUCAGCCGUUAAUCCACCAAUUCUCUCUACACAGCGAGCGAACACAAACUAAACCAUUGUGUACAAACCCACUUGAGAUUUCGCUCAAUCUUGUCCACUCCUCUCUACAUCCCCUAUUGCCAAUUAUCAUCACCUGGUGCAUUAUCAUCGUAAGGCCUGAAGUGUACGUAUAUGUACUGUGUGCAUUACAAUAAGUGGGCUGACUGUUGGUUGGAGUAGUAGUGGGCUUUAACAAGGAAAGGUCGUUGGUCAAAGCUCCGCAGCCCAUUAUAUACACACAUAUAUAUCACAGUGGCGAUCUCCCGUGAAAUGGUGGAAGAGGUCAAGGGCGGGGCUAGCGAGGCUUUGAGGGGUGACCCGUCCUCGGCACGCGCCGUCCUUCAGCUCUUGGCCUUUUGUUUGGUCAUGCUCGUGGGCUCUUAUUGCGCGGGCUCCAUUCCUUUGUACAUGCCUCUCAAUGAAGAAAAGCUUCAAUUGGUGUCGGUCAUGGGGGCAGGGCUAUUGGUGGGCACAGCCUUGGCCGUGAUCAUUCCCGAGGGCAUGCAGGCCUUGAUCAAGGCUUCGCAAGCCCACGCUUCGUCGGAUCAUCACCAUGAAGGGGCUGCUCACGACGCCUUUGAAGGCCUGGAUCGGAGCAUUGGCAUGGCAUUGGUCUUAGGGUUUCUGUUCAUGCUCCUCGUGGAUCAAUUGGCUUCCAAGGCUUCCAAAUCGGACUUGGAAGCCAAUGCUUCGACCUUGGCGGGUCGGAACGUGUCUUGGACCACGACGUUGGGUCUGGUGGUCCAUGCUGCGGCCGACGGGAUCGCAUUGGGAGCGGCCAGUUCCACGCGGCACACUGAUAUCGAGUUCAUCGUGUUCAUGGCCAUCAUGCUGCACAAGGCCCCGGCGGCCUUUGGUUUGACCUCUUUUCUGAUGCGGGAAGGCCUAGACAAGGCCAAGAUACGUCGACAUUUGCUCGUGUUUUCCAUAUCGGCCCCAGCUUUGGCCUUUUUUACCUACACAUGGUUGGGUGCAUCGGGCCAAGGUCGACGAAUGGACACCAUGCACGCCACGGGCUUGGCCAUGUUGUUCAGUGCGGGCACGUUCCUCUUUGUGGCCACGGUCCAUGUGCUCCCCGAGAUCAUGUCCAAGGGCUCAAACAACGGGCCGAGUCCCGGGCACUCGCAUUCCGUGGGAUUCGGCAAAAUCGAGAUUGUGAUGCUGGUGAUCGGCAUCGCACUCCCCUUGGUACUGACCAUGGGCCAUCAUCACUGACGGCGCUCUCAGAUCCGGACCGCACCCGCACACCACAGACCUGCAAAUUCAUUCAGAAAUAGCUAUUUCUGCGACAAAGUGGACCAAGAUGGCCCCAUGGAUGCUGACAAUCGACCGACCUCCAAGGCAAGCCAUCGUGGACGCCACUGACGACCGGCCAGUAUUCAGAGUUGUGAAGCUUACCGUUUUGUAAACACGCCAUCCGGCCCAGGUUCCUGGUUGUUUGGACACCGAGGCGUUCGUUUGUUGACAAGUGUUGUUUAUUCAUUGAUAUAUUAUGAUUAAAUUAAAAAAAAGCUUCA